CUGAGGACGGCGGACAGAGGGAAGAGCUCUAAGAGAGUUAAGACCUUUGAAACACGUCCAGUAACUUAAAUAUAAGGCCUUUUUUCGGCCCGGUCGGCGGACAUGGCGGCCGUCCUGCUGCAGGUUCUGGAGCGGACAGAGCUGAACAAAUUACCCAAAGGAGCCCAGAACAAGCUGGAGAAGUUUGUGACGGAGCUCCAGAAUGCUAACGAGGCGCUAAAGACGCAGCAUGAGCGGUUCAAAGCAGACAUUGAACAGCAGUACUUUGACAUUGACAAGAGACUGUUGGAGAGCCAGGAACAGCUACUGUCUGCCACCAGAGACCUGCAGACACUCAAGGAGGAAAAUAAAAAACUGAAUGAAGAGCUGAGCACUCUGAAGGGAAUUGAGGGAGAGACCUCUGAGGAUAAACAACCACAACAGCAGACCAAGGCCAAAUAUGAGAUUGAGGCAGAGAAGAGAGAGCUUGCUAGGCUGCUGGAGAACAGAACUCAGGAGGUAGAGAACCUAACUGAGGAUGUAAAUCGCCUGAAUGAGAAGCUGACGGAAACCAGCAAAGUCAAACUGGAGCUGCAGUUAAAGCUAGAUGAUAUUCAGUCAUCUGAGGCCUCUGUGCAGCACAGAGAAAAGCGUAUGGAGCAGGAGAAAGAGCUGCUGGAGAAGAAAGUGGAGUGGUUAACUGCAGAACUGGAGAAAAAAACAGAGGAGCUGUUGAAGAGUAACAGAGAGCAGGGCAAAGAGAUACUGGAACUGAAGAGUAAACUGGAGAACAGCAAGGAGCAGGAGACUAAGCUGGAACAGCAGCUGACUUCUCUAAAGGAUACCAGUGAAAAUCAAAACAAAAGAGCAGCAGACCUCAACAAUAAACUGAAACAGGCUAAAGAUGAGCAGAAUGCCAUGGAGGAAAAAUACCACAAUGAGCUUAAUGCUCGUAUCAAGUUAACCUCUCUCUACAAGGAGUCAGCAACAGAAAUGGAGACGAAGAACCAGGAACUGAGCAGAGCAGUGGAGGAGCUCAGCAGGCUGGUUAAAGACACAGGGGAAGCUAACAAGGCUCUUGAAAAGAAGGUGUCAGAGGGAGAGGAGCUCAAGAAGCAGCUCGAGGCAGAGCUUCGAGAAAAGAUCAAGAAAUUGGAGAAAGAACUGGAGAACACCACAAUGAAAGCUGCUGGCAAACACUGUUGUGUCCCUUCUCUGACUGAGGGGCAGUUGAACUCCAUGUGUCCAGCAGCAGCUGCCAUUGCUGCAGUUGUCAAGCCUGGCAUGAAGUUUUUUGAUCUGUAUAAUGCAUAUGCAGAGUGUCAGACACAGCUUCAGCUUGAGAAACAGGAAGUCAAGAGGGUGGGCAGAGUGCUGGACGAGAUCAUCCAGGAGGUUGAGUCCAAAGCUCCCAUCCUCAAACGUCAGCGGGAUGAGUACGAGAGCAUGCAGAAAUCCAUGGCCUCCCUGUGCAACAAACUGGAACAGGCUCGAACUGAGAUCUACAGUUUACAGAAAGAAAAAGAGGAGGCCAAGCAGUGCUGUGAUGCCAUGGAGAGGGACAAGCUGAGGGCAGAAAGACAGCUAGAGGACACAUCUACACAGGUGUGCACUUUGCUGUUGGAGUUGGAGGAAGCCAGAGGUAAUCAGGUGACCAAGGACGAUAGCAGCUCAUGCCAGCUGUCAUUCCGCAGCGUCAAUGAGCUGCAGAGGCAGAACCAAAGCCUUCUGGGAAGGCUGAGGGACUUGGAAGAGGAGAAGGACAAGCAGCAGAGCAAAGCCACAUCAGAGCAAGUUUCAGAGUUAGAGGCACGCGUGAGCAUGCUUCAGAAAGAGUUGGAGCAACUGAGAGAGCAGAGGAACCAGCAGAAACAGCUGGCUGACUCCAAUGCCAGACAGAGAGACAUGUACAAAGUCCUGCUGACUCAGAGCACUGGCCUCAGCCUGACUCUUCAAGGUCCAGAUUCUUCACCCUACCCUGCACAGGUCAGGCCCUCAGCCCCAGCUACUCGCUCUACUCCUCAGAGAGCUGCAGCUGCUGAGUCAGCACAGACCGUUCAGGCCAAGGCUGCUUUAAAACAGCUAAGUGACGCCUUCACUUUGUAUAAAAAAGAAAAGGCAGAAAAUGACAAAAUGCUGAAUGAAACAACUGACAAACUGCAGAAACAGCUGACAGAACUUCGGUCGAGCCAUGCCAAGCUGACCUCUCAACUACAGUUCAGCAAUAAAAGAUAUGAGAUGCUCCAAGAGACCGUCUCUGCCUACCACAGAGAGAUGUCAGCACUAAGAGACAGGAAUCAAAAAAUGGCUGCAACUGCUCAACGGCACGAGCUCAUCAUCCACACAAUCAGCCAGGAUCUGAGACAAGCCAAUGAAAAACUGGCACUAGAAGAGGUGCGUGUAGAGAAUUUGACCAAAGAAAGGGACAUGUUGAGACAAGCAGAGAGUCGACUCAGUCGAGAGAAAGAGGCCAUGCUUCAUGAGCAGCGAAACCAGAACCUUCUGCUUACCAACCUGAAGACUAUACAGUUGACCAUGGAGCGUACUGAGACAGACACUCGGCAACGCUUGAACAACAAGAUAGAACAACUGGAGGCAGAACUGGCUUCAAUGAAGAAAAGGCUGGACCAGGAAGUUGCACAGAGACACACCCUGGGGCGCACCAUGGAUGCUCAGCUAUUAGAAGCUAAGAAACAGCUGGAGACCCAGAACACUUUACAGCAGAAGACCAGGGAGUUGUUGCGUACUUCUGAACAGCAGGUUGCUGCACUGAAAGCCCAGCUGUCUUCUACUUCUCCCUCUGAAGCCGUUAUCACCGCCAGCAGCUCAGCUCCUCCGGCUACCAGAGCUUCAGGCCUGAGAGCGCCACUGAGAGUACGCUCUCCAGUGCCAACAGCCUCGCAGCAGCUCAGCAAAUCAGAGCAGGAGCUCGAAGAAGUGAAAGGUCUUCUACGUGUGGCUGAGGAGCAAAACAGUGAACUAGCAGAGCAACUGAAGAAUGCUAAUGCUACUGUAGAGCAGUACAGGGCUGUGGUUCUGACUAUAGAAGACAGUCUGAAGAAAGAAAAGGAGUCUCGCUCACCUCUGGAGAUCCGUCUGAAGGAGUCGGAGGAGAUACAGAAGCAGCUGGAGAAGAGGAUUAUUGAGGCAGAGAAAAUGAAGCAGCAGCAGCAAGAAAACAGCAAAAAGGCUGUCGAUGCGGUUGAGAAACAAGUGUGUGAGCUGCGGCGCAGUCUGAAGGCCAGUCAGACAGAGCAGCAGGAGGCGCUGGAGAGAUCUGCUGCUGCUGUCACAAAAGAGCAAAAGGCCAUACAGGACAGCCUCCUGCAGACAAAGCUAGCUGAAGAAGCACAGGCCAAGUAUGAGCGGGAGCUAAUGCUACAUGCUGCCGAUGUGGAAGCUUUGCAAGAGCUCAAGAAAAGUCACCAUCAAGAAGCAGCGCGGAGAAGGGAGUUAGAAAACCAGUUGAACAAGACAUCAUCCCUCCUGCAGGAGAAAACUGCUGCCUGGAAUGUGUCGGAGAAACGGCUGAAGGAGGAUCUGUCCAAUAAGAGCAGUAGGUGUGACGAGCUGGGUAAGCAGAACGCACUCCUGCACCAACAGAUGGAUGAAAUGUUUGAGAAGAGUCGACAAAUGCAGCAAAAGCAGCAGAACAUGCAGCUUGACCUGUCAUUCACUGAGGAAGGGAAAACCACGGAACAGAUUCUUGAAAUACUCAGGUUUGUUAGACGAGAGAAAGACAUCGCCACGGUUCAGUGUGAGGCAACAGAGGGAGAAGUCAUUCGCCUCAAACUGCGAAUGGAACACCAAGACCGAGAAUUAAAGGAUCUACAGGAAGCUCUGAACAAUGAGAGGGAGAAAAUGCAGGCUACAGCAAAGACUCUGGCCCAGCAAGAGGAACAGCUGAAGAAGAUGCAGACCAUAAGUGCUCUCCAAGAAGCCAACAAGAUGCUGAAAAUGGAAAGAGAUAAACUGGAACAAGAGCUGAAGCAAGCUCAGACUAAGGUUUCCAAACUUCAGUCAGACAUCAGUCCACUACAUCACUCCAUGUCCCAGCUGUCAGAAAAGAAUGGAUCUCUGUGUGCUGAUAAGAAGAUUCUUGAGGAAGACCUUAAACGCUUGAAAGCCAAAGUACAGCAACUGCUCAGUCAACAAAAAGAUGGCAAUGAUGAGGAGAGACAGAAGUUUGCCACUGAGAAAGAAGCUCAGCAGAGACGCAUCGCACAGCUAGUGGAGGAGACGGCCAAGCUGAAGACGGAACUCACAAGAUCCACAGCAAGCAGUAACUCUGCUCAGUCCCAGCUGCAAGCCUUUAGAGAUUCUGUCGCCCGUCUGACAUCGGAGCGAGAUUCCUUAAAGAAAGACUUGGAAACCAAAAACAGUGACAUCUUGGAGAAGAACAAGACUAUCACCCAAGUCAAGAAGAUCGGACGACGCUACAAGACCCAGUAUGAAGAGCUUAAAGCUCAGCAUGACAAGCUGGUUGAGGAGAUGGCUGAGAAAGCACAAAGUGAUGUUGGUCCAAGUCCAGAGGUACAGCAGGAGCUGACUAAAACCCAGGAGGAGCUCAAAAAUGCCAGAGAGGAGCUCAGCACACUGAAAAAGGAGGUUCAGAAAAAAGAGGAGGAGAGCCAGAAGUUCCAGAAUGAGCUGGAGCAGGCCAAAAAGGAAAACCAGCAAACCAAAGAGAAGUUCCAGGAGGCCCAAAACCAACUUUACCAGAACCAGAACCAGCUGACUGAGGUCCAGUCCCAGUUGUCUCAGACCAAGACUCAACUGCAGCAGAAUCAGAACCAGCUGAGCCAGAGCCAAAAGGAGCUUCAGCAAAACAAGACCAGCAUGCAGCAGGUACAGAACCAGUUAAAAUCAGCCCAGUCUCAAGUCCAAGCCCGGCAGAACCAGAUUCAGCAGAUCCAGAGGGAGCUUCAGCAGGCUAAAGAAGCUCUGCAGACCAACCUUGCAAACCAGAAGGAGCAACAGCAGACCCACUUAAACAGUCAACAGGUCCAUAACCAAGAAAUCAACGAGCUCAAGACUGCUCUUGGCCAAGCAGAGAGCAAGGUGUCUGAGCUUCAAGGCACACUGGACGGCCAACAGAAGAUCAUUGGUGAGCGCGAAGCAGACAUCAAGCAACUGCAGGAGCAGCUAACAGAAGCUAACCAGGCUAAUGAAGCCAUCAAAGCGACACAGGACAGCCAGAGCUCACUGCCUGCGCAGGCCAGUGAUGCUCAUGUUAGCAGUGAAACUCACCAGGAGCUACAGGAGGAGCUGAACAAACUCAGACAAGAGCUGUCUGAGGGCAAGAUCAGAGAGGAGCAGCUCAGACAGCAGAUGGCUGAAAAAGAGGAGAAGACUAAGAAGGUCUUUAUGGGAGCCAAGACAAAAAUCAGCCAACUAAAUAGUGCCAAGGAGCAGCUCAGCCAGGAGAUGGAGGAACUGAAACAAAGUAAGGAAGAACUGGAGGUGAGAAUGAAUGCUCUAAAAUCUCAGUAUGAAGGAAGACUGCUACGGAUGGACAGAGAGCUGAGGGAACUGAGAGGGAUACAAGGACACGCUGACCCUAAAGAGGAGCAGGACAACAGUGGAUCUAAGGUUGGGGACCAGCCCAGGUCUUUGGAGCAAAGACAUAUGUCUUUGAAGAGUCCUGCCCAAGAAAGGGGAAGCUCCAGCUUGUCUGAUCCUCCCACUGCCAACAUCCGCCCCACCCCAAGCACUCCAUCUCCUAGCAACAAGCCCAGCCCCUCACCAGGUAGUAAGGCUACACCACGUGCAAGUAUCCGGCCUAUGGUCACACCAGCAACCCUCCCUGUCCCCACGCCGACUGCCACUGUCAUGCCAACCACACAGACUGACAGCCAGGAAGUGCUGAUAAGUGCGGGAGCCUCUACACACUCUGCUGGCUCCAUUUUAGUGAACACACCUUUAUCACUAACUCAGCCAGCCAGCAUCCAGGCCACAGCGUUUGUACAGCCCACCCAACAGCAGGCAGCCAAUCAGGAUGCAGGACCAAGCACGGAAGCAGAGCGGCCAUCUACAUCCACAGCUCAGACUGACAGAGCUGGAUCAAAACGAGUCAGAGAGGAAGAAGAAGAGGAGGAGGAAGGAAGACCAGAGAGUUCACAGACGUACUCAUUCACUAAAAAACUGCGUAUGAAAACAACAACAGAACUGCAGCUGGAAGAAGCUGACGAGGAGAUUGAAGGGGAGCUGAGGGAUGAGGGAGAGGGCCUGGAGUCAGCUGAGAACAAUCAGGAGCUUCCUGAGCAGGGAUUUCCCAUCUUACCUGGAGAUGAUGAAGACACUGAGGAAGAUGCUGUGUCCCAGUCCGUGCCCUCUGAUCAGGGCACGUCUGCAGUCCGGGAUGUCAUUGUGAUUGACACAGAUAGUGAGAGCCAUGAGAGCAAAGAGGGGGGAAAGCAGGAAGAAGAUGAGGAGGAUGAAGAAGAAGAGGAAGAGGAGUUUAAAGAGGAAGAGGAGGAGAAUGCAGAUAAGGAUGACGCUGGCAGCAGCAGGAUGAGGCGACAGGAUAGCGAUAAGGAGGAGAGCAGGGAUACAGAAGAGGGAGGAGCACAGGAGGAGCUGUCUGGAGCCCCGGACACUGAGAAGAAUCUAUGUGGAGCCUCUUCAGACUCACAGCGGGCUGCUGAGCCAUCACAAAGCGGUGAAGGUAGCAGCAGUGCAACAUUAGAGCCUGACUCACAGAGAGAAGCUUUGCACCUCCCCCCAACCCCAUCCUCCUCUGUACUCUCCCCCUCCUCCCUCACACCCCGCCUGCACCACCCACGUAGGCCCCCACACCCCCUCCCGCCACGGCUCUACAUCCAACCACCCGCUCCAGAGCUUGGACCUCCACACACACAGAGACAGUCGUCUCAGCUGCGCAGACCGUCAGUAGGACGCCAACUAACACCUGGAAUAGGAAGUAUGCAACAUUUCUUUGACGAUGACGACAGAAUGGUUCCCAGCACUCCCACUCUGGUUGUGCCACACCGCACUGAUGGCUUUGCAGAGGCUAUACAUUCUCCACAGGUUGCAGGUCUGUCUACCAGGUUCAGGUUUGGACCUCCAGAGGACCUGCUGCCUCAGACAUCAGGCUCCCACUCUGACCUGGGACAGCUGGCCUCCCAAGGAGGCCUUGGCAUGUAUGAAUCUCCUCUGUUCUUGGCUGCUCAUGAUGAAGAUGGAGGAGGGAGGAGUGUCCCCACAACACCUCUACAAGUGGCUGCACCGGUGACCGUCUUCUCAGAAUCUCUGCCUUCAGACAGCGGUGACAACAUGGCGUCCCAGUCAGUUCCCAUGGUUACUGCCUCCACCGGGAUGGCUUCUGCUGCAGAUGAUGGAGAUGAGGUCUUCAUGGAGCAGGAAAGAGAAAGUCCUGGUAUUGAGUCGUCCCUGGAGAGCCAAGCAGACAUGGAGUCAACAGGACAGCAGAGUGAUGAUGCAUCAUUUCCAUCCACCAGCCAGGAACCUGACACCGUCAGUGUUCCUCAGCGGCGCCUGGUUACCAGCCAGCCUCUGAUCAGCAGCCUGUCCAGCAGAGGGGCCAGAGGAGGGAGGGGGGAUGCCAGGAUGUUACUCAGUCGCAGGGGAACGUUAUCUCGUGGAGGAAGGGGCGGAGCCAUGGGCAGAGGGGGAGGAUUCUUAUGAUGAUGUCAGCGGUUUGAGCCAGCUUGAGUUUAUUUAAUAUGACACUGAUGUUUUCAUGGAGUUUAGAGAGUUUUUACAACAUCAGAUCAUGUGUUCAGUUAAAAGUUUUCUACUGUUAGAGAUGUUUUCAUCCUUCUUUAGCUGACAAGAUCGAAGAAUUGUUCUUUUUCUGUUGUUCUUUUUUACUUUGAUUAUUCUCGUCUUAGAUUUUUCUUGUAUUUGAAAUUUUGUGAUUUUCCUCUCUCUACACUUGUUUUAUCAAUAAAGCUAAAUAAAUGUUA